CUGCAGGCACACAGGAUGGGGAGGACAUUGGGCACACAGGAGGAUGAGCAAAUGCUUUUUCUUCCAGGUGUAAAGUGCAAGUGCUCGAGGAAAGGGCCGAAAAUAAGAUUCUCUAAUGUACGGAAGCUGGAAAUAAAACCGAGGUACCCAUUUUGUGUGGAGGAGAUGAUUAUCGUGACCCUGUGGACGAAAGUGAGAGGUGAGCAGCAGCACUGCCUGAACCCCAAACGCCAGAACACAGUGAGGCUGCUGAAGUGGUACCGAGUAUGGAAGGAGAAGGGCAGGGUUUAUGAAGAAUAGGAGGCGGUGGUAUGAGGAAUGGAGAGGACUCCCUUGGCUGGCGUAGGACUGGGCUCUGCAGAAGAUUAUUUCUCUCACAGACAUAAGACAAAUUCUAUAUUACUACAAAGCACUUUUUACCAAGGGUCAGUUUUUACAUUUUAUAGCCGUGUGCAAAAGGCUUCCAGAUUUCACAAGCAUUUGUUGCACUUCAGAUUUCACACCUGCCUGCAUCGUAUCGAGGUUGGGGAAAAAAAAAA